AACAUAUUUUUUCUGCUAAAAUUCCUGCCGACUUUUCCAGGUCCCUGAGUAUCGGAGGGAAACAGGUGGAGGCGAUCGAACGCGCGAGGAACGCUACGGCGUGCGCCUACAGCGCUUAUCACAGCACCAAGGAUAUCCCGGCGAGCGCGCGCGGCCACCGAGAGGAUCUGCCGAUCGCCAUGAGAGUCCUCGGCUCCGGUUUCCUGACCACCUGCCUGCAGAUCAAAUACUACCGGCUGGAUGAUCAGAGCCACUGCGAGUGGGGUGCCAGAUUGCACUGCAUCGAGCUCGAUUGCUCGAGCGUCGAGGGACGUCUCGUCACGGUGGACCGGGAGACCUACAGAAAGCUCGGCAUAGAAUCUUAACGAAACGUCUCAUCACGCCGCACCGGCGGCGCGUAUCGGCUCGCUGCCAGCUCGUUACAUAGGAACGACGAGGAACCCGACGCCGCGCCGCACAAUCGAUGCCUCUCGCACGCGAUCGGCUGAAUAUACUUUACGCUCGUAAAUGGUAUAAACACAGGUUGCACGGGGGGGUUUAUGUUCGGAUGAGUUAAGAACCCUAAUCUUGGGUCCAUACUUUUUGCCUAGAAAACCCCGAGCGUAUAAGCAUAAAGGUGGAAUCGAUAUAACGAGUCUAAUGUAUUUUGACCAAAAUUGUUAAAAUUGCGAUAUAUUUUUUUUCAUUAAUAUAGAAAAACAGGAGCCUAUAAAAAUUUUGCCUAUUUAAUUAUAUAAAUUUUGCCCAAAUAUUCGCCCCCCAACACUUCGAAAAUAAACUUUGGGACGAACUUAAGUUAAUCGUCGCGCCAGAUUAUGUUGAAUGAGAAAGACUUCGUUAGAAGGGUAUUUUCAAUUUAGUACGACGAAUAUAAAUUGCGUAGAAAUUCCGUGGAAGUAUCACGAUCGACGCGUAAUUGAGAUUGAACGUCACCAGCUGGCUAACAACAUUGUGUUAAUAGCGUGAGUCAAGUUAUUCAGAGAAGCCUGUCGCAAACUGAUCUUUUGAGGAUUCCUCCUCAUCAAAGGAACACUGAAAUUUUAUAUUAAAGAGAUCGCCUGAACGAAAUUAAGAGUAUUAUUCUUAUAUUCUUAGAAAUUUAAAAAUUAGGAUUUAAAUAUAUCCUAUAGAAGUUCCAUGCUUCUAUGCGUUAAUACAUUAUCGAUUGCAUUGCAUCGAUUGCAUUGCACAACUAGCGUAUAGUAAUUAUUACACACUACUUUCGAUGCAGGAUAAAUUAUAAACAUCUAACGUUAGAAGGAAUAAUCAAUUACAAUUAUUUUCGGCUGAUAUCUUCCAUUAUUUAGCGAAGAGAACUAUUGCAGGAAUCAAUAUGAUAGAAAAACAAGCUCCAACACAUACGAACACAUCGAUAAUGAAAUACUUGUUACAUAUGACGCUUUACGUAUGUAUUAUGUGUCGAACAUACGCCC